GAAUAUCCAGCAAUGUAAGUAUUAAUACUAUUUUGUUGAGCUGAUUUUUCAACACUUUGGCUUUGCAUUUGUUCUGAGCGUCCUACCACAAGGUUCUUCUUACAGGCAGUUAGUGUUAUUUUAACAUUUAGUCUCAAAUUUAUUUCAAUUUAUCUUACAAAACAAAUAAAUUCCAGCUUCUAAUGGUAGUAAUAUACAAAUAGUCAACUGUAAGUACAGUACGUAAAGCAGUGUUAUCAUCAGUGCUUGAUGCAAUCAGUUGCAUGCACUUUCUGGCACUGUCUGCUAAAGCCAGAACAGCAAGUCCGAGCGUGUAGUCAUUUGUCACCGGGAGUCUAAUGUUAGUACUGACUUAGUACUGACUUCUCUCCCGAUUUGGCCUUCUCCUUAUGACCUCUGAUCUGCAGCUAUUUCAGCUGACAUUUGAUAUUAAAACUUGGGCACAAACGCUUCUGACCCUUCCCCGUUCUGCACGCCCCUCAAGCUGUGCCAAGCCCUGGUUUUGGUGCCUAGAACAGCGUUUUUGGAACCUCUGCUCAAGGGCUCCUGGCAUGGGGAACUUGAAAAACAUUCCCCAAAUUUUGUGUGAGCCCUCGCAGCUGUUCGGGCGGAGAGCCUGACAGCUUCCAUAGCUCGCCCCAGCCCGGUUAAGGCCGAACGUGAGAAGGGUUCCGCGGCUCCUCACGGAGCCCCCGACACCGCUGGAACUGAGCCCGGAGCUGUGGCUGCCCGGGGCGUUACCCGCUGGUCUGUCACGGCAAGAAGAGCCCGCCUCCCGCUGGACGACUUCGACAGCGAUUGGCUAGCAGGGAGCUCGCUCAGGGGCGGCGAUUGGCUCGCGAACUGUAAGGCUGGGAGUGAUUGGCCGGUGGGAAAUGGCGGGAUUUCCUCGCGGCGGCGGUGAGUUUGAAAAGUUAAUUGAUGAAGCUACAAGAAGAAAAGAUUUUGAAUUGUUAGAACAGUAUCUGGAAACAGAAGAGUGUGAAAAUGUCUCUCACAAAUGCAGCAAACAGUUUGUCAACAAACUAGACAAGCUUCUGUGUCGGGAGCUUGACAAACAAGAAUUCAAAACCAUUUCAACUUUACUAAAUUCUCUUUGGAAAUGUGGGGAAAAAAUCAGCAUAGCCGGUGAAGAUGGGCUCCCAGCAAUGAUAAAAUAUGGUCUUAUUGGAAAGAUGGUUAAUUGGUUUGAAAAGGUAAAAGGAAUUUUGAUCCUUAGAGGAAAUGAAAAUAAUAAAAUCCUUACAACUCUGGCUGAAGAUUUCUUCAACAUAUUGCUGGCUGUAUAUGAUAGCAGACCUGAAGGUAAAAUGCAAAUGCUGGAGAACUUUGUUCUGAGAACAUGUACCCUCAUUGCUGAUGUAAGAAUUAGUAUUUAUGUCCAGCAGGAGGUAGUAAGAAAACUUAAUUUAAUGCUCGACAACAUGCCUCGAGAUGCCAGGAAAAAGUUAUUUUCUACAAAGGAAAUGCUGCCUGUCAUGAGUGACAUGGGUAGGAGAAUUUUGGAUGCUGGAGACUAUGAUCUUCAGGUAGCCAUUACAGAAGCUUUAUGCAGAAUGAUACCUGAGAAACAAAGAAGGGAACUGGCAUGCCAAUGGUUUUCCAUGGAGUUUGUGUCCAGUGCAUUUAAAGGAAUUAAAGAUUCCGAGUUUGAAACAGACUGUAGAAAAUUUCUUAACCAGGUGAAUGGCAUGCUUGGAGACAAAAGAAGGGUUUUUACAUAUCCGUGCUUAUCAGCAGCUCUUGAUAAAUAUGAGCUACAAAUACCAUUAGAUGAAAACCUUGAAGAAUUUUGGAUUGAUUUCAACAUUGGUAGUAGAAGUAUAUCUUUCUAUGUGGCAGCAGAUAAUGCAGAUCAUCAAUGGGAAACAGUCAUUAUACCAGAGGAAGAGGUAGUCUUGUACAACCUUGAAGAGAAAGAUUCAAAAAAACUAUUAACGAUAGAUCUAAAAAGCCCAAUGAAUGUGGGUAAUCAAGAAGGAGAGAAAAUUUUUUUAUAUUUUGAUUCUAUCUUGGAAAUCAAAGAUGUAACCGGAAAGAUUUAUGGACUAAGUAAAUGUAAGGUUCUGGUACCAGAAAGUCAGUUUUCACCACGUUUGGAAGAAAAAUCUGAAGAAGAGGAGAAACUCAGCAAGUACAAAACACAGCAACUUCCAGGAACACAAAGGACUCUGUGCACAAACAACAACCAAGAUAAAUGCAAAGGUAGUUCCUUCAAGAUAACCACAUCUUGUAAAAGGAAAGUGUCUGAAGCAUCAGUGCUUAUUCCGGGAACUACAAGAUUUCCCACACGGAGCCCACUGCUAUUUAUUAGUACAUCCACUCCUUGUAAAGGACGAUUUAAAUUACCUUUGAAAAUGAUGAGCUCUGCUGAAAUGUCUAACAGUAAUGAAAUAAAUGAGACCAGAACAAAAAAUGUCUCUAAAGAACCUACUGGAAAUGGGCAAACAUGUACACCAGAUAAUGAAUUUUCUGAAACAGAGCAGAGUGCCAGGAAGUCAAAAAUCAGAGAUGAGGCAAAAGUACCUGAAAAAGGAAUAUGUAAUGAAGAAGUUUUAAAAAAUAUACAACAGGCAGAAAUUGGGGCCACCAGAAAGCAAACUUUAGAUGAUGCGUUAGAUAUUGUUCCUGAUACGCAGCCAACAGGAAGAAGCAACAAACAUCUACUGCCUGGUCUUUUGGAAAGUUCUUCUGAUAAAAACAGAACAUGGAAAAAAAGAGUGUGUUCUGUUCCUGAGAAGAAUAUAACAACUGGGAGCAGGCAAAAGCUAAAUCUGUCAUCAGGACCUACAUCCCAUACAGUUCCUGUUUUUAACGAAAGAGAUGUGAAACAAAAUGGUUUUUAUUCCAUUUGUGGAAAUACUUCUCCAGAUAAACAAAGAAAUAAAAAAAGAGAAAAACAACAGCAAAAUGGAAUUGAAAUCAUGAGGGAAGAAAACUGCAAAAUACUGAGUGGACAGUCAAAGAGCAUUAAUAAUUUGGAACUGAAACAGUUGAGUACAGAAAUUAAAAAUAUUUCAACUACUGCUGAAACAUUUAAAACAUUUCUCUCAGCUAGAGUGUCAGAAACAUCUUUGCAUUCUGAUUUUACAAAAUACAGCAAUACAGAAGAAGAAGUUGAUGUUCUCUCAGAAAAAGAGACUUCAAAUAAGAAACAGUCAAAAAGGAAAGCAAAGUCUAAAGAAAUGACAGAUGCAACAAAAUCACUAAUUAGUAAAAUCAGUGACAGGUAUACGGAAAAGACUAACGAGAAAAGCAAAACAAGAGACUCCUCAGGUUUCAACAGACCAUGUUUAAGUAAAUCUGGUUUCAGUGUUGAUAAGGAAAAAGUUCAGAAUAGAAGCUUGAAAACUACUACUUUCCUUGAUACAACUGCUGGUCAUAUUUUGGAUGAUGUCUACAACUUUAACAUCAGUGGGUUUGAUGAGCCUACAAUAAAGCUAGGGAUCCAUGACUGUCAUGCUAAGGAACAGAACGUUCGUACAGAUCCAAAGAAAAAAGGGAAUCCAGAUGAAAUUAAAACUAGCACUGAAGUGAAAGCAGGAAAAAAAACUAGAAACAAUCGGGACAAGAAGCAUCUUUUCAGCGACACAGACACAGAAUACAGAGGUGAUGACAGCAAAACAGACAUCAGCUGGCUACAAGAAUCAAAAUCUAAACCCCAGUUAAUCGAUUAUAGUAGAAAUAAAAACUUAGGGAAAUCAAUAUGCGCAGGCAGAAAUAAAUUCUCUGAACCUGCUUGCCAAAUGGAUACAUCUAAAGGCAAAACAGAAAAAAAGAAAAAGGAAACAGAACGUAAAAAACAAGCUUCAAGACAAGAUGAAAUGAUAGAACAAACCUAUAGAACAAAACGACCUCGAAAAGCAGCAUUAGCAAAAAAUUACAAAGAGCCUUCCAGCUCAGAGGAGUCAGAGAGUGAAAGGGAAUAUUCAGCAUGUACCUCUAAGAAGGAGAAAUCAAAAGUACAGAAACCCAUGAAUGAGGAAAACAGAAAUGGUGAUCAGCAGAAGAAACUUCAGAAUACUGUAUCUUUGGAGCCAAAGACAGUAGUAGAUUAUGUAAAUAAAGCGUUCACUAAAUCAAAGAACUCUGAUGAAGAAAAGGAAAUUGAAAUGUCAUUACCUGAGAGUCCAGCAUCUCUUGAGACAAUGAGAGGUGCUGAGAGAUUAUCAGAGGGAGAUGUUACUCAGGAGCAUAUUUCUAGUGAAGGAUCAGCUGGUCUUCAGGAGUCAACACCAAAAAACAGGGAAACAUUAAACUUUGGGAAAGGAAUCUCUCCUAAUAAUCUCUGUCCACAAAAAAAGAAUUUUCAAAAUAUAUGUCUAAAUCAGUGCCCUGAAACGACUGUUAAAAAGUUAACAUUUGGAAGUAAAAGUUUCUCACCAGUUAUAACUGCGUCAUCUUUGCUCAACUUAACUCCAGUAACCCCAUAUAAAACCCUCAGUGGAAAACAUACAAAGGAAUUUGUAUCUGAAACAUGUGAUGCUAAUGAAAAUUUGAGUUUUAGACAUGGCUUUUCAGACAAACUUUCUGUUGAAGCAAAGCUACAAGAUAUCACUAAACCUAUCAUCAAAAAUAAAAGAGAGGAACCAUCUCCUUUAUCCAUUUCCAGUGGAAGUAAAGUACAGUCUUGGAGUCAAGAACGUUAUGACUCUAUGCACAAGUCAGGACCGACUAUACAUACAUUUCUGAAACGAAGGUACCAGAGUGAUACAGAAAGCCACUUUGAUGAAGUAGAAACAGCCAAAGAGGAGGAAAAGAAAGGAAGCAGAAGAGCAAAGUUGCAGCCUAGAAAAUUAUUUAAAACGGAUGACACGGUUACUUACAGAGUGUCUGAAAGCUUAUCUACUGUAUCUGUAAAUGAUCCAUCUGUUUUGGGUGAGGAUGUCUGGGAGCCUGGUUAUUCAACUAUCAGUAUGUGUCAGAAGUUCCAAAAAGAAUUUACUAAGAAAAUGGAGAGCCGUUCACAAAAAAUGGAUCAUUUUACAAAGCAAUCAUUAAGAGCUGCCCACCAGCAUUUAGCAACAAUGAAUUACCAGCUUCAUGAAUGCAGGAUUAGACAGCUGGACAGAUUUCAUUUAGUUAUCCUUGAGGAAAUUGAAAAUUUUGAGAAAGAUUCUCAGUCCCUGAAAAACAUGGAAAAAGAACUCUUGACCUUUUGGAAAAAACAGAAGCAGACUUUAAGUACGUACAUGAAAAAUGAGCAACAGAGAUUUCAGAUCCUGAAAACAUCAUUUGAAAAGAACAUCUACCAUACUGUUGAUUAUGAAGAACAUAUUUUUACUUCACAGAUGCAUCUUAUGAAAGAAGACAUGAAAGGACUUCAAGAGAAAUUUCUUAAAGAAAUGCAAGAAGAGGAAUUGAUUAAUGUUCGCAGAGGAUUGCAGACAUUGUUUCUAUCAGAAGACCGAGAAUUCUAAAGUAAUGUUUUCAGACGAUUUCUGAAAUUCAAGCUGAAUAUAAACUAAUUUUUAAUGUAAAAUUUGACAA